GUGUUGUCAUAACAACGCAAAACGUCAACGCGAACUUUUUUCCUUAUGGAAAUCCACCUGUUGCAAGAAUAAUACAAUAAUUUGACUAUAUAAAAAAAAAAGAGUACAAUGAUUGAGCCCUUACAGUCGCUCCUGAAAUAUGAUACUCCGGUUGUCGCUAACCAAGGCACUGUUAGGAAAUCAGUAAAGGGACGUCCAUUUAAAGUGAGCCAGCACCAGCCUGUGGACUCUCCCGUGCCCCCUCCCCCUAAAACCAAACCCCCUGAUGGCACGAAGCAGCAAAAUGAGGAAAUCCUCCAUGUCAUGUUUGCACCCAGGGAAUGGACAGAGGGCAACCAGGUGUGGCUGCAGCGAGUGUCCACUGCACCGUGCACGAGAGCUGAUGUCCUCAACCUGGAGGAACUUCUGGACAGGAAGCUGCAGCAGAGGCGCGCCUUAGAAACGGGUAUCUGCCCUGUCCGCAGGGAGCUCUACUCGCAGUGCUUUGAGGAGCUGAUUCGACAGGUGACCAUCAACUGCGCCGAGAGGGGCCUCCUGUUGCUGCGGGUCCGAGAUGAGAUCCAAAUGACCAUCUCAGCCUACCAGAAGCUCUACGAGAGCAGCGUGGUGUUUGGCAUGAGGAAAGCUUUGCAGGCCGAGCAGGGCAAGGUGGACAUGCAGCAAAGAAUUCUGGAUUUGGAGAGUGAGAUGCAGGAGCUGAGCAGUCAACUAAAUGAACAAAAAGCCGAGUGUGUUGCCACCAAGAAGAGGGAAGAGGAAAAGCGAGAAGUGCAGGAAAAGAAGCACAUGGAGCAGGUUCAGUUUCUGAAGAGAACCAACCAGCAGAUCAAGGCCCAGCUGGAAGGGAUUGUUAUGCCAAAGAAGUAACUUCCAUAAAAGCGUCCAAAAGAUGACGACAUUUAAGCCAACGAUGAAGUUAAGGCAAGAUUGUUCCCCUGAGAGUGAAUCCAACACUCAUUUGAACAAUAAAGCAUGAU